UGAUUGUUUCCUGAAUCGAUCGGACAUCGACAUUUCCGAUAGUACGGAAAGCCGUCACAUUUCCUGUCUGUGAGCAGGAACAUACGAACCACCGGUCAGGCGGCAGAAUACGGAACGCGAUACCACGGCUGGAUAAACGACCUACGCACACGCCGAUGUUGUUAGCUCAUAGUUACUUCAACCUGUUCGCUAAUUAGUCUCAUCGUUUCCUCGCCUCCGGUGUCGGGUGUCUCAAUGGCGGACCCGACAGAACCAGCACCGGCAAGCGCAGAAGAGGAGAAGACAGACCGUAUCAACGACGCAGAGCUGGCAUUAAAAGGAAUCAAUAUGCUCCUCAACAAUGGGUUCAAGGAGAGCGACGAGCUCUUCAGGGCAUACAGGAACCACAGUCCUUUGAUGAGUUUUGGGGCCAGCUUUGUGAGUUUUCUGAAUGCCAUGAUGACGUUUGAAGAGGAGAAAAUGCAGAUGGCCUUUGAGGACCUCAAAGCAACAGAGAGACUGUGUGAGAGUGAAAACGCUGGUGUCAUUGAAACCAUUAAAAACAAGAUCAAGAGGAGUGUGGACUCUCAGAGGUCGGGGGUAGCUGCAGUGGACCGACUCCAGAGACAGAUCAUCAUUGCAGACUGCCAGGUUUACCUUGCAGUGCUGUCUUUCAUCAAACAAGAGCUGUCAUCGUACAUCAAAGGAGGCUGGAUCCUUCGUAAAGCCUGGAAGAUGUACAACAAAUGUUACAGCGACAUCACACACCUGCAGGAGGGCAGUAGAAGAAGAGCAUCUGAACAGCAAGCAGUUCCGCCUCCAUCUCAGUCCUCCUCCUCCGACCUGUCCCACCACAGCCGCUCGUCUUCGCCUGGGCUGAGCCCAUCACAGCGACUGGACGGUGUCAGCCCUGAGGCCCUGGACCGGCUAAAAGGUUCAGUCAGCUUUGGUUACGGCCUCUUCCACCUCUGUAUCUCUAUGGUGCCGCCGCAUCUACUGAAGAUCGUCAACCUGCUGGGCUUCCCCGGCGACCGCGCUCAAGGCUUGUCAGCGCUCACGUACGCCAGUGAAAGUAAGGACAUGAAGGCCCCCUUAGCUACCUUGGCCCUCUUGUGGUACCACACAGUAGUGCAGCCGUUCUUUGCUCUGGAUGGAACGGACACGCAGGCAGGCCUGGUGGAAGCCAAAUCCAUUCUUCAACAACGGGAGUCUGUCUAUCCAAACUCCUCCCUCUUCAUGUUUUUCAAAGGCAGAGUUCAACGCCUUGAGUGUCAGAUCAGCAGUGCCUUGAUGUCCUUCCGUGAUGCCUUAGAUCUGGCUUCUGACCAGAGGGAGAUUCAGCACGUGUGCUUAUAUGAAAUAGGUUGGUGCAGCAUGAUUGAGCUGAGCUACAGAGAAGCCUACAGAGCUUUUGAGCGACUGAAGACUGAGUCUCGCUGGUCCCAGUGCUAUUAUGCCUAUUUAACUGGAGUGUGUCAAGGAGCCACAGGUGACCUGGAAGGAGCCGUGUCAGUGUUCAAGGAUGUGCAGAGACUCUUUAAACGCAAGAAUAAUCAGAUAGAGUUGUUCUCCAUGAAGAGGGCUGAAAAGCUAAGGAGCACCAGUCUUUCCAAAGAACUUUGCAUCCUGUCUGUGAUUGAGAUUCUUUACCUGUGGAAAGCGCUGCCCAACUGCUCCACCGCCAAGCUGCAGACAAUGACAGAAGUCCUGCAGGGCAUUGACGAUGCCUCAUGUGCAGGCCUGAAAAACCUGCUUCUUGGUGCCAUUAACAAAUGUCUUCAUAAGACCAAAGAUGCCAUUCAGUAUUUCCAUCUGGCUGCGAGGGAUGAGGUGGGUCGCCUGAGCAACUCUUAUGUACAGCCCUACUCCUGCUAUGAACUUGGCUGUGUGCUGCUGAACACUCCAGAGUCUGUAGGGAAGGGGAAAAUGCUAAUGCUUCAGGCCAAGGAGGACUAUGCCGGCUAUGACUUCGAGAACAGGCUCCACGUUCGUAUUCAUUCAGCUCUCGCCUCUUUGAGGGCUGAAGGCCAGCCUUGACAUUUUAUCUGCACCUCAAAAAACUGGAAAGAAUAUCUUUAAGACAGCCACAACACCAUUUUGCAGUCUGGGCACUAAUGUUAAGUUAGUCUUUUAUUUGUUUAAUUUUUUUUUUUUUUAAUUUUCAUAUUCUGAGCCAAUGUAUCAUUUUAAAAUGUGUGAACUAUAUUAUAAAUGUUUUAUGUGAGAACGGUUACAAGAGGGGUAUUAACUACUUGUUACUGUAUUUUACAAAGAAUCGGCACAUUUGGGUUUUAUUGUUUACAUGCUUAAUUUCAAUUUCAAUUUCUAGAUGGCAGUUAAAUCAGAUGGAAACUUAAAGAUUCAUUUUAGCAUCAAUCAUAUUGCAUCCACAGAGGGACAGUUUCACCUCUGGUAUGGAGAGAAUCAGGUUAAGUAGAGAAAUGGCACAUAUCAAGCAUUAAAUGACAAAGCAAUUCUAAUGAAUGACUCAGCCUAUGACUUUCAGAAGCUGAGAUUUUUACCAUCUCUGUGUUGGUUGCUGAUUUUGACUUGUGCUGUUGAGACUUUGCUAAUCCAUUGGCAUGAGUACUAAACUGACUAUUUAUUUUAUUUGUUGCAUAGUCUUUUUUAAGCACAGUAUUUUUUAUCAGCAUAAAUGUCUUGCACGUAGAUGUGCCAACAUCUACCACCAUUGGGUGGUCUAUGCGCACAGUGCUGCUCUCACUGUAAACUUGUUCUCCUUUAUAUUGUUUAGGAUAAUAAAAUGAAUAUUGUAAAAU